GCUUCAGCGAUGGUAAAAUAUUGGCGUAAAUUGAAUAAAGGAGGAAUUCUGGAAGAACCGUUAGCACGCUAUUUGUGGAGAAAUGAACUUAAAAGUAGUGAAGAUGAUGACGACGUCGUUUUUAAAGACUUCAUCGAACUUAUGAAGGCAUUUGGACUUCUCUUUGAAAAGAUCAAGAAAGCAGCAUCAGAAGAUGGCCCUCGAGUAUUUGUCGUUCCAUCUCGAAUGAAGACCAAAGAUGAUGACAGAUUGGAAGUUAAGGAAGAUGAGAAGCAGACAGUAUCCAUCUAUGUGACGCCUAAAGACUUUCUUCCCGACGCGGUCUACGAUAUCUUGGUCGUAAGAUUUGUGAGUUUGAGUCAAGAGAAUGGUUGUUGUGAUGACCCAAAGUUGUUUCAGAAUCAGGCUAAAAUUCUAUUCGAUGAUAAGCAUUACCUAAGACUAGGUCGAAUAUCAAUUGAUAAUAAACGUUCUUUGAAG